CGUGGAUUCUCCGGAAUAUGGACGACAUACCAAACAUUCUCUGGACCGACGAAUGCAUUUUCACGAGGGAGGGAAUCUUCAACACAAAAAAUGAGCAUCAUUACGCAGAAGAUAAUCCGUUUCUUCAUCGCGAAACGCAUUUUCAGAGACGCUUCAAACUAAAUAUUUGGGCAGGAAUGAUCGACGACGUUAUCAUCGGGCCUUAUUUACUACCCGACCGAAUGACAGGUGCCCGUUAUUUAACAUUUCUGCAAGAAGAAUUGCCUCAUUUGUUGGAGGACUUACCGCUGGAAAGAAGAAGGAGAUUAAUUUUCAUGCACGAUGGAUGUCCGAUACACCGAACUGGAGAUGUCGUUCGUCAUCUAAAUCAAACAUAUCGCAAAAAUUGGAUCGGAUAUAAACUGCGAGAGGGCAAUCACAGGAGAUGGCCUCCAAGAUCACCUGACAUGACUCCCCUUGAUUUUUUUCUUUGGGGCCAUCUGAAAACGUUAGUUUACAAGGAUCCAUUGCCAGACAAUGAACAGGAAGCCGAAUUAGAAUUGAUUGCGAGAAUACAUGCAGCAAUCGCAACAAUAACGCCAGAGAUGGUACGCAACGCAACUGGCAACGUCGUAACACGAGCUAGGAAAUGCUUGCAAGCACGUGGAGGACACUUCCAAGCAAGAAUGAAAGUUCAGGAUUUAAUUUAAACAAAAAUCACAAAAAAUUAUUUUUUAUUAUGCUAUUAAAUAGUAUUUCUUUUUUUUUUUAAUUUUGAUAAUUUUAUU